AGUCGGGAGGCUGGCAGGAGGGCAGCGAGAGGGUUAGCUGGGUCUUAGCUAGAAAUACUUGUGCGAGUCAGGAAGCAGGCAUGGGAGGAAGGAAAUUAAGUGGAGACAUCUGUGUAGCUUUAGCUUUCAGCAGCUCUGCCUGGGGUAGGGGUGGGAGAGUCGUGCCUAAGAUGACAUAACGUUAUUUUGUCUUUCGUGAGUUGAAAACAGAGGAAACUGCAAAAGCGAAGCAUGGUCUGUGUCACGCAUGGUCCGGGCGUACCAAGUACAUAAUGGGGCAGUGUCAGUGCUUUCUGCUCUGCCUCUCACACCCCAAAAUUACUCUUCAAGACAGAGAACUGAGGAGAAUGUGAUAUGGUCCAAAAACUGAUCUUGGACUUUUUUCGCAGACGACUGAGCCAGAGGCCGACUGCUGAAGAAUUGGAGCAGAGGAACAUACUGAAACCCCGGAAUGAGCAAGAGGAGCAGGAGGAAAAAAGGGAGAUCAAGAGAAGAUUAACACGUAAGCUGAGUCAAAGGCCCACGGUAGAGGAGCUCCGUGAGAGGAAGAUCCUCAUCCGCUUCAGCGACUAUGUGGAAGUAGCAGACGCGCAAGACUACGACAGGAGGGCAGACAAACCCUGGACGCGACUCACAGCCGCUGACAAAGCAGCAAUUCGAAAAGAGCUUAAUGAAUUUAAAAGCACUGAAAUGGAAGUUCAUGAAUUAAGCAGGCAUCUAACAAGGUUUCAUAGACCGUAGCAGUUCAAUUCUACCUGACUACUAUGCCAUCUUCAAAACAUAACUAAAAGGAACCAUAAGUGCUGGUAUUAUUCACUUCCCUGUUACGUACAAUGUAAAUCUUCCGAACUGCCUUUUUUUUUAAAAAAAAAAAGA